CUACGUACAUGAGAAAACCAGGGCAGCCAUCGGUGCAUGAGAGUGAACGGUCGUCACUGACUCGUCGGGGGGACGUUGACCCAGGUCAGACAUAGCCCGUCUACACCCCAGAUGUAACCAGAUACUCCACUGUACACCACUGCACCGAAUACAGUACUGCACCUGCUCGCCCCAGCAGCUCAACAGACUUCCUCCUUCGCCCUAGAUGGUCCCUCCGUUCCGUCCCUUACCGCGAAAUAGUCGGUCUCGCAUUCAGGAGAAAACAUUCCACCUAUUGUACUACUACUACUCCGUAGCAGCAGCCGCCCCAGACGGCCUUACUAGUACACCAUCGCAGUAGCUAGCCACCCCCUGUAGCCCCCUGCUGCCGCCGCAGCCGCCGUAGUAAGAGACCGCAGCACAGCACCAGGAAAACUUCUCAAAAGCGUCAGUCGCCGAGUCUAGGACCAGCGGAGGAUCAGUGAGAUGGACUCUAGGCCUCGAGGACUCGAAGAAUCUAAAAGAACCAGAUCGGGCCAAACGUGAGUCGCCACGAAUCGUGCCGCCUUUCUGCUACCGCCGCUGCUGCUGCUACCGCUGACUUGCCGGUGCUGGUGGUGUCUGUCCAUGGCGCCAGCGUGACUGCUACUAGCGAAACAGAACGCCAGUCAAGACUGCAUCUGCAGAAAGCACUCACCCCGCUACUCCUUCCAGCCACCGCCGGCAGAUAAACUGGACAACCGACUUCCUCACCGUCCGCGCAUACGCGCACCGCCCUAGAACUAAUCAUUGCGCGCUUCCGACGCUUCUACAAAGACAAACUCCAGCAGAAGGCACUAGUAGUUGCGAGCUGCAGUAAGUCGUAUGACCAUACCACUACCACCAGUAGUAGUAGUAUCCGAUUAGCAUUUUCGAUUAGCAUAUCCGAUUAGCGUACCCCACCAUUAAGCGUUAGUCAUACACCUCUUCACAUCUCUGCCGCAGUCACCUCGCUAGCCGCUGAACUAUAAUGGGCCCGGGCUCGAAGUAUCCAACGCAACAGCCGCAGCGGACAGGCGACUCGCAGGCGGAGGUGGUUGCGGAACCCCGCGGAGCUACUCCGCCGCUGGUCGUCCCCUCUGGGCCCGUUUCCCCGCUCUCCCCGAUCUCCCCGCUCCCCUUGAACCUCCCCUGCAUCGUCAUUCCGCCGCGCGAGCUUGCGGCGCGCUCCGCCGCUUACUCUGGCGGCGGCGCAGGAGGCGGAGGCGGAGGCGGAAGCGGAAGCGGAGCUUUCGCGCAACAGCGCGCGCUGGUGCGGGGAAUGUCGGAAGGGAAUCCGUCGCUGCACUCGUCGUCGUCGACUGGGCUUCCGCAUACGCUUCCGCCGUCGCUCGUCCACUGGCCGUACGCGUCGCAUAUGCCCGCCGUGUCGCCAGGUUUCACGCACCUCCCCAAAAGCCGGUCCGACGGCGACGGCGCGCCGCCCACCGCGUCCCCCGCGACCGAGGACGCGCGUCAGGGGAGGAUGCGCAACGAGAACUGGGGGGAGGUCGGUUCCCCGUGGCGAGGGGGAGGGGGAGCGGGAGGGGGAGCGGGAGGGCCUUCGGGGGCGUUUCAUGGUGUGGCGGGAAGCAGUCAUGGCAAGGUGACACGUGUACCGUCGGGGGAUGGUAACCCUAUUCCAGUUUCCUCGGUGCCGUGGCAGCGGCCGAAAUCGUCCCCGCUCCAGCGCAGCCUGAGCGCGGGCUCGCCCUGCGCGGAGGACGCCGCGGGGGGAGGGGGAGGCGGAGGGGGAACGACGAUCUGGGAGCAGUGGCAGGCGCUGGGCCGGUGGGGGCGGAAGGCGGAGGAGAGCCACGGGAGUGGCAGUGUGGGGUAUGCUACUUGGGCGCCUCCUCCCCUUCCUGCUGCUGCCGCUGCUGCCGCUGCUGCUGGUGCUGCUGAUGCGGCUGGUGGUGUUGGUGCUGGCAGUGGCGGAAAGGGAAGGGCGAUGCACAGUGAGAGCAUUGCGCACAAGACGGGCGUCCUGAAUGAAAGAGAAGCACGAGCACCUAAGCAGCCCACGUGGUCCGUGUCUCUCCUCGCAGCGCCGUGCCACGUGCAUCCCUGCCUCUGCAUGGAAGCCUGCUUCUGCCCCUGCGUGUCCGUCGGUCGGCUCGCCCACGCGCUCGACCCCGUCUCCUCCUCCACCCCUGCUGCGGGCGCGCUGCUCUACUCCCUCCUCUCCUGCUUCCUCUCCUGCCACGUGUACACCUCCCUGCUGCGAGGGCGAGUGAGGGAGCGCUACAGCUUGCCCCAGGCCCCUCUGGGGCGCGUGGGGGACUGCUGCGCGCACUGCUGCUGCAACCCCUGCGCUCUCAUGCAAGAGAUUGCCGAGGCAGGGCUGCAUGGCGACAUGCCCGUGGACGGCGCGGCACCUGGACCUACGCACCAGGCUGGUAAGGUGGCGCCAGCACCCGUUGGAGCCACCUGGGGAGGGGGCGGAGGAGGUGGGGGUGGCGGGGGUGCAUCCAAGGGUGGUAGUAAAGUCAAGGCCGCAAUGAGGGCCCCUGCUGUUGUCACCAUGUGACGAUUUGUUGAGCCGUGGUGGUGUUACAGCGUGGGAUGCUGACGUUGCCUGCAGCGAGAUGGCAGCUGUCGGUGCCAACCCUGGAAUGCUACAGAGUGCAGCUCAUCCACUCCAUCCUGCCCACAUGUUUCGUCGCACCCAGCUGCUCCGCCGCACCCAACUGCCCAGCACCCAACCCAACUGCACUUAUCUCUCCCCCUACACACCCCUGGUUCUUCCCCCCCUCUCUCCAUCUAACAGCUUGUCACUAGGAUUAGUCGCGACUUAUCCUGAUUUUUAUACCCUCUGUUCUACCUAUGUCCCUUGACCCAGCCACGAAUCCUCGCUUUGCACACCCACCUCCAGCUCCUCGUUACUUCUCCCUUCCUACAGUGACCAUGCCCAUAUCAAACGCACCUAGUACGGCCAUGCACGUGCUACACCUAGCUCACUUGUUUGACAUUUCGCCUUCGCCUUUGUUGUUGUAUUGUGUGUAUCAUGCUUAUUAGUGUUUUUUUUU